AUGGCCAAUAAUCCCACCUUCAAACCAUCGCCGUUGUCCUUUGGGUCGCCAAGGGCAUCGCCCUUCCGGAGGCCGUCCACGCCGAACUCCCCACCCUCUGCCAGUCGUGGAGCAAACACUCCAGGAAGCUCGCCUGGGCGAGGCUAUACUCCUAUGGUCUCCCCUAGCAAGCUCAAUCAGACAUACACAGUAGAGGAUGGUGGAUCACAGUCUCCAAAGAGCCGGUCUCCAAUUCCCCAGCCCAACUUUGGCAGAGAGCUUCCCCCUUCCCCGACCAAAGGAGCACGGUCUCCAGGAAAUCUAUCACCGAUUGCGAAAAGCAGAACCGCUGAUUUUACGGGACUUGCUGGUGAUGCAGCUGGAAAGCUACUCCCUCACCAAGUAAGGGAGAUCAGAGAGGCAUUCCAGGUUUUGGACCGGGAUAACGACGGCUUGGUCAACAAGGAUGAUGUGAUUGAUGUGCUUACAACCCUGGGCCAAGACUCUUCCCCAUCCACGCUGUCGCGGUUCUUCCCGCCCGCAGGCAGCCAAACCAUCAAUUUCCCGACUUUCCUAAAUACCCUAUCGGAGCUCAUGGCAUCGAUGUCACCUUCCCAGGAGCUUCUAAAUGCUUUGGCUGCAUUUGAUGACGACGACGACGGACAAAUAGACAUUACGGAACUAAGAGAUGCUCUCUUACAUACCGGUCUGGAAGAUGGAGAGACACGGCUCAGCGAGAGAGAGAUCGAAGAAGUAUUCCGAGGGUUCACCGGGCGACGAGCAUUUGCCGGCCGAGGAUCAAAGAGCGGAAUUGGCAAGAAGGGUGAGGUAUUCCAUUAUCUCGACUUUGUGCGCAAUGUGAUCGGUGGCGAAAACGGAAAUAAUGCGAAACCAGAGGGGGAGACAGCUCAAGUAUGA